AUGAAAACCGGCCCUAUAGCCUGGUUGUGCGCUUUGGUGCUAUUGCCACAUUCCAAGGCUGAAUCUAGCACUACUGCAGCAACCUCAAAGAAUGUCCCACUAACAACAUGGACUGCUGAGCUUCAAUUCCCAACAGCAGCCUUUGACUCUUAUUACCGAGAGCCAUCUCUGGAGCAGCAACCACAACCAAUCGUACACAAUGUACUCAACAACAAAUCCUUUUCCAAUGACAUCGCAGACCCAGCACAUGUUAACGACAUUGUGCCAAAUCAAGUGAAUUUUCCUGAUCCAUAUCCCCUUCCGGAGAACAAGGAUGCAACAGCAUUGUUUUAUCAGUCAAUCGAUACUGCAGCCGGCAUCAUCAAUGGAUCCGCUGGUGUUGAGGGAGGAUGUACGAGAUGUCUCGCAGCCAUCACUGCCGCUCAAGUUCUGGCUCGUGCUGCGCCCAACAAUUUCUCCGAUGCAGCCAUUCGGCUGUGCAAACUAGUCAAGUUCAAGCCUGAUGAUGAUUGCGAGCGUGACUAUGCAAGACAUUUACCCGAAGUUACAGUGUGGGCCCAAGUUCUGCAGGCUGCAAAUUUGUUCGAGAAUGACGGUCAGUUUAUCUGCAACAGUAUGUUCGGACAAAGUUGGUGUGACAAACCUGAGGCGAGGGAGAUGAAACUCAAUUUUAGCACUGAGAAGCCUGCAAAUGCAACCGCUCCACCUCCAAGUGGACAGCGUGUAAAGGUUUUGCACCUCUCAGACCUCCAUCUUGAUCCCCGCUAUACGGUCGGCGCUGAAGCAGUAGACUGUCCUUCCGUUGGUUGCUGCCGGCCAGACCCAGACAACAAAAUCGAGAUUCAGCACCCAGCCCCUCUAAAUGGUCACCCAAAUUGUUAUACUCCACUCUCCCUGCUCACAUCGGCAUUAUCGUCAGUCGCGCCACUUAUUGGGAAGGAUUCGACGGCUCCAGGCACUAUUGAGUGGACUCUGUUCACUGGAGAUGUAUUGCCUCGUGAAAAGGCGAAAUUUCGAAAUGAUGAAUACCUUGGGUUCGUUCAAUCCACUGUUUUCAAGACCCUGAAAUAUUUCCUUCCCCAGAGUCCGGUGUUCCCAGUAUUGGGUGCUCUAGACGCGUUCAAUGAGGAACCAUCGAUACGACACCCUCUGACUGGGGCGAUGAAGGAUUUGCAGUCCCAAAACUACGACCGUAUGAAGGCCAUCAUUGAUGCUAAUCAAUGGCUUGGUAAGGAUGAAAGCGCUGCAAUAGGACCUCAUCAUAUGGGCUACACAGCGUUGCACCCCAAGUAUCCGAAAUUACGAAUUAUCGCUUUGAAUACUAAUUUCUGGUGGCUACAACACUAUUAUAACUAUGUCAACACUACGACUCCCCAGGACUCGAUAAUCCUGUCAGAUUUGAUCGGCUGGCUUCUGCUGGCUGAGAAGGCUCAAGAGCGAGUUUGGAUUGUGGGUCAUAUACCUCCUUUCGCCGAACAAUCCCUUCCAGAUCAUUCAGGGGCAUUCUAUCAAGUUGUGGAACGAUUCACACCCCAUGUCAUUGCCGGUAUCUUCUUUGGCCAUCAACAUACAGAUUCUGUGACCAUUUUCUACAAGGCUGGAGGUACUGAUGUGACCAAAGAGGGCAAGGUGGCCAUUGCUGCUUGGCUUGCACCUUCCCUGUCUCCAAAAAAUGGAAACCCGUCAUAUAAAGUGUACGAUGUUGACACCGGUGAUUUCGGAAUUUAUGAAUCGCGGACAUUUUUCACGAAUGCUUCGACCCUAGCGACUGCAUCUGCGACAGAACCGAAUGCAGGUACCGAUUCAGAAGACAGCCAAGGGCCUGAUUCGUCUGGCUUAAUAUGGGAACUUGGUUGUGAUGCUAGGCAAGUAUAUGCAAAAGCAAGCAAUUGGCCUUCGACAAGCGCUCUCAAUGGGGCAUUCUGGCACAGAGUGGGAAAUGCGAUGUUGAAAGAUACAGCUUCCCCCAACAACAAUCUGGCAGCAAUUUACCAUAUGUACAGAUCCACACGUGUCGAUGGCAAAGAUGUGACAGGAAAUUGCGAUGAAGCAUGUGUGCAAGCUACUGUUUGUCGGAUGAGAGCAGCGAAAGAAGCUCUCUGGAACAAGUGCGGUAGUGACGAAGUCACAAAGAAUGAAACAGGAAGCAAUGGAUCCACCUCUAAACGAAGUGAGGGCUCGGCAAUCGAUCUUGAGAUCGAUAUAUUUAUUGACCCCAAUGAUCCCGACAUUGCUUCCAGUGGCAAUCAGCCUCACGCGGAAAAGAGAUGGAGGUUAGGCUUUUGGUCAAAGACGGGCGCCAUGGCUGCCGGAUUCGCUGGUUCUGCUUCACGCCGCGCAGCCACUCAGAAAUCUCAAACCCAGGGACAGUCUCUACUAUCUACUGCAUCCGACUAUAGCACUCAAAUAACAACCGUUACAGGGACCUUGACGAGCACCGUUACUAUUGGAUCAGAGAACGGUGAAUCUAGUUCCAUUGCCAAGCGAGCUGAGGAUACAGAUACUGAACAUGAUGUGCCGCUGGAGGCUCGUGGUGAUUCUAGUAAUUAUGGUAAUUUUGGAGACUACAAAUUUACGAGUGCAAUUUUGGGAGCAUCGACAGAAGCAAUGACAGGCCUGUGGGGUGCUGAACAGCAUUCGGAUUUGCAGACCGAGGUUGAAGGACACCAGUCCACAGGUUAUCAGAUACUCAACCAAGUUACAUCUGCAUUGAAGGGACAGUCUACUUGGACGGUAAUCAGUGGGAGUGGGGCCACUACUAUGGCGCCUAAAGCCAAAAAAAAGCCUAAGCGUGCAGAGGAAACAUGGUCGCAGGACAGGAGUCCAACGGACGAGACUUCCACAGAGUCUGGAGACAGUGAUUGGGAAGACAGAUCGGUACCUGAGCAACCUGAAGGCCAUGGUGAAGAAGCUCAAAUGCUCACGGACGGCGCGGGGAUUGCAGACCGGCCACAGUCUAAGAGAUCCCAGGCUCCUGCAGAUGCCCCGGACACUACAAAAACGUCUUCACCAAACGUACCUACUAAUGAGGCUUCGGAUGAAGGGCCAGAGCCGUCUCGAGAUUUCCCUAUUUAUAGGCCGGAUGAAUCCCUGAAUGGCCAGAUACUGCGAAGGCGACCUGCCUCAGACAGUGAUCCUGGGACACCCAACACAGCAACCCAGGCAAACUCUCUCACUGAGUAUCAGGCGAUUCCCGACAUUACACCAACCCCUUUCCCAGAUAUAGAUGACUACAAUGACCUUGAAACUCUGUCAACCGGUAUUGACAUGAUUAACCGAAGAGAUGCAAACCGCAAACCAGGAUGUGUGUCUAUGAAAUCGUCAUCAAUCUGUUCUGGGACCAAGACUUAUGUGGAAUACACGCCUGAGCAGAGGCAACAGAUUCUCAAGGCUUAUCAGGAGGCCUUUACUGGUGGUAAAUCGGUUUACAACAACCUCAUGAAGACGAUGUCACGAAAGACAACAUCGCGAUGGUCGACCUGGACGGAAAACUUUUCUGCACCAGCCUCGAAACGAGACUAUGACAUCCCUGGAUGCACAAGUAACGACAAUGGUCUAGUCUGUACGCGUGUCACGGAAGUGGCCGACGAUUUUGUCGACAAGAGAAGUGCGAUGCCUGAACCAACUGCUGAGCCUGAGCCUGAUCCUGAACCGGGUAAUAAAAUGCUCAGUAUAUGGAUGUCUGUGUUGUCAAGCGUUUCCAGAGAACAGGAUAGGACUCACGUAGCCCAUUUCACUACCUCAAACCCCAAAAAGAGAAAUGCUGAGCCUGAACCGACUGCCCAGCCACAGCCUGAACCUGAACCUGAAGGUGACUCAAAGGAACAAAUGUGGAGUAAAUUGAAAGCCAUGGUGAAAAGCAAGAAUGAAGGAGCCACCAUGCGCGUAUCUCUAUCUAAGAGAAAUGCUGAGCCUGAACCGACUGCUCAGCCACAACCUGAACCUGAACCUGAACCAGGAGUAAUGAAUAAAUACGUGAGCCUUAUGAUUUCCAAAAUGUUAGCUCUCAGCGUUUCAGAAACCUGGACUCCUUGGUCAACAGGCAACACCAACAACCUCCAUGACCCCACAUGGAUAGGGCCCCCCAGCAAGAGGACUGCCCAGCCUGCGCCGACUACGGAGCCUGAGUCUUUGUCGACAACAGUUUUCGAAGAUUCCCACACAUUACCAACGCCUUAG